GGGGAGACCGGAACUCCACUGCAGGAUCACCGAACUUCUACCUCCCUUCCAGCGGGUCAUACAGCCUGAAGAGAUGUGGCUGUAUAAGAACCCCUACAUAGAGUCCGACCACGUACCUGCCAAACCCAUGUUUCUCAUUUCCUUUUUGUCUCCCCUGGUCUUUAUUCUGCUGGCCAAAUUCUUCAUGAACGCUGAUCAAGGGGACACACGAGAAGCUUGCUUAGCUGGCAGCCUGGCUCUUACCCUGAAUGGCGUUUUCACCAAUGCUGUGAAGCUGAUCGUGGGCAGGCCUCGCCCUGACUUCUUCUACCGCUGCUUUCCAGACGGCCGAGAGACCUUACAGCUAUUAUGCACCGGUGACGCGCACGUUGUGACAGAAGGGCGCAAGAGCUUUCCCAGUGGACAUUCCUCUUUUGCCUUUGCUGGCCUUGCCUUUGGAUCCUUCUACAUAGCAGGGAAGCUUCACUGCUUUGCGCCUGGUGGGCGAGGGCAGUCCUGGCGCCUGUGCGUCUUCUUAAUGCCCCUCUUUGUCGCCAUGCUCAUCGCUUUAUCCCGCAUCUGUGAUUACAAGCAUCACUGGCAAGAUGUGCUCGUUGGUUCGGGAAUGGGCUUCACAUUUGCAUACCUCUGCUACAGGCAGCAUUACCCUCCAUUGACUGAUCCUGAAUGCCAUCAGCCGCUACAAUGCAAGUCCAGACUCUCGGCCUCCGAGAGGCAGAAGCUAACACUCUCCGGCUUUAGCUUAGAUGUAUAAAAGUCACAGCAGAUUACCACCUGCAUGCCCUGGGAUCUGGAUGAGACUGGGAGGGCACAGCUGCCCGCGUUGUUUUGUGCCUGGAAGAAAAAAAGGUGAUGGUACCUCUUUCUUUGCAGGUCUUUUGGAAGAAAAACGAAGGUAGUGUUUGGCUUGUGUGAUGGAUAAGCAAAGCCGCCUCCCCGGUCAUCCCAGGCCAUCUCAACAGUCUUAGAAGUUGGGGCUGAUCCUUCGUAGCAGCCCAUUUACAGGCUGACCCAUGCCAGCUUUGAAGGUCUGGAGCACAGCAGACACAAACAAAACAAGCAAAGUCCAGUUCUUUGCCACAAAGCCAGGCCUUCCGCUUGUACCUUGUUUCCCCACCACCAAAUCUCGAUGAGUGUGCUGGCACUUAACAGAAGAUGGCGUCUGCAAAGCAAUUGCUCAAAAUGAUGCGAGCAGGCCUAGCUGCACAAUAAGGAGGGGAGGAUGUCACCGUGUCAUGUAACAACUUACAGACUUCGGGUUCUUGUGGGACAGUGGUGGGUAAAUGUGGCCCCUCCAGAUCUUGGUGCAACUCAGGUGAGCUUUAGGUAGCUUGAGCAACUGCACGCGGACUUAGAAAUGGCAGUCUUGUAAUAUCUGGAGCAGCACAACUUGCCAACCCAACUGUAGGAAGUGGAGUGUGGUGUAGAAGAUCAAGGACUUGGGAGACCUGGCUUUCUUGGUCAUAGAAACUGGUCAGCGAGCUGGUAAAACCACUUCUGAAAUCUCUCAGAAAACCCUCAUAGGGGUUGCUGUAGGUUGGAUGCGACUUGAUGGCACACAGCAUGCACACUCUAAGGUGUCAUAGGUUUUUAUGGAUAAGAUCAGUGGUUCCCAACGCUGGGUUCCCCAGAUGUCCAUGGACUAAAACUGCCAGAAGCUGAGCAGUGCUGGCCAGGCUUUCAGAGAAUUGUAGUCUAUGAACAUCUGGGUACCCAAGGUUGGGAGCCACCAAACUAGAUCCUUGAAUGGCACAAUCUUCCCAGGUGUACUGAAUAUCUCUUUUGCUUAUAUAGAUGUUUAAAUAAGUUUAACAAUACAGCCCAAAGCGGAUCUACACAGAAAUCUCUGUGAGAUUUCUCCUUAUGUCUGGAUCAAUGAAGGUUGGAACCCAACAGCACAGAGUGAGAAAUGAUAAACAGCCAACUGGCCCAAGACAUCUUGUGCCCUGCCCAACAUGGUGCCCCCUUCUCCACUCUACGUACUAAGAGUCACAGGAGUGUCUUUUGAACCUUCCUUGAAUAGCAUUCUGCACACCUGAGGGCAGCAGGCCAGGUUCAAGGAUAAGGACAGGCUGUGUGGCCCACCAAGCUGUGUCCUUCAAUGGAGAGGAUCUGUUGGCAGAGUCGGGAAGAACAAUUAGGAGCAACUGCUGUGGCUGCCAUCAUCCCCAACAUGUGUGGCUUCAGGCCGUUGUCUCACUGUCCAACCGGAGGCCUGGAUUUGGUGAACCGCUGGAUGAAUAGCUCACGCGUUUGAUCAAGUGGACUAAUCCACAGAAGCUUCUGCCAUAAUGUAUGUUCCCUUCAACAGAACUGCCAGUCUCUCUUCUUUUGGGGGGUUUGCUCCCUCUGAUGGCCUUUCUGCUCUUCAGAGCUGUGUGUGUUCCCCCAGCUGCCUUCAGAAGCAGAAUGUAUGUUGUAUGGACCAAGCUCUUGGAAGGAUUAGCACUGUGCAUCUUCCCACACAAUCACUCAGCAUCCAUUUUGAGGAAAGUAAUUUAGAGCACGGUGGGCAAAGUACAGCUCUCCACAGGGUAGAUAAAAAUCAAUGCUUUAAAAAAAUCAAAUUUGAUUUAAAUCAUAAUUUAAAUUGAAACAUAAUUUAAAA